AUGGAACAUCAAAGCCGCCGCAGCUCUCUUGAGGCCGUUACUUCGCAUGCAAGUGGCCUAACAACCAUUGGCCUGAUUGGCGGCGGAAACGGUUCGGAUUCAAAGACUGCUCCCCGUCUGUCGAUCGAUCUUCAACACGGUCCGAGGCCGUAUUGCAGUGACAUGCCUGUCCCGACGCGCAAGUCUGGGGGGAACUACUUCCCCAACGCCGAACUCUUUCGACCAAGAGGGCAAACUCAGAGUCCGUCACUACACCCCAUACCGCAGAGCGGUAACCUGGAGGGAAAUCAGCUACAAAUGUCCGAGGAUCCAUUCGAUGAUGAUUACAGGGUUGAGACAACGGCGAGCGAAAACCCGUUUUCCGAUUCUAACGCGGUGCCACGAGAGGGUGUUGAGGAAAAGCUGAGACUCCCUGCCCCUGAGCCGGACCAGCCGUAUCAUGUCUUCUCCAAGGGCCGUAAAAGGCUACUGGUCGGCAUUAUUGGUGUGGCUGGUCUCUUCUCUGGCCUUUCGUCGAACAUUUACUUCCCGUCGCUAGACGCCAUUUCGAAGGAUCUCAACGUCAGCCUCGAUGCCGUUUCGUUAACUAUCACGUCUUACCUGAUCGUUCAGGGCCUAUCGCCAUUGUUUUGGGGCUCGUUGUCGGAUACGGUCGGGCGACGUCCGAUUUACAUUGCGUCCUUCACGGUCUAUAUUAUUUCAAACAUCGCCCUUAGCUUUUCACCAAACUUCGCUAUCCUCCUCGUCUUCAGAGGCCUGCAAGCGGCGGGCAGUGCUUCUACUGUCAGCAUAGAUGGAGAAGGUAACGGCGUUAUUCAGGACAUUUCUCCUCCAGCCGAAAGGGGUGCUUACAUCGGCUUCUACCAAGCUAUUCGCAACUUUAGUAUCGCCGUGGGUCCUGUCCUGGGUGGCCUGAUAGCCAACUUCUUCGGCUUUCGAUCUAUCUUCAUCUUCCUCGUCAUUCUUUCGUCCCUUGUAAUUAUCAUGAUUGUUGUUUUCCUACCCGAGACACUGCGUAGUAUUGCGGGCAACGGCUCCGUGAGGCUCACUGGUAUCUAUCAACCGCUCGUCGCCCGAUUCCUCAAGGAGCCUGAUUCCAUGCAGGAACUGGAUGGUACGGUCCAGAGGAAAAAGGUAACUCCCAUGACCUUUAUUGAGCCGCUGAAGCUAUUGGGCGAGAAGGACAUUCUCUUAAAUCUACUGUUCGGUGGCGUCGUGUACGCCAUUUGGAGUAUGGUCACCGCCAGCACCACCGGCCUCUUCAAGUCACGGUUUGGUCUGAAUGAACUUCUCCUUGGUCUAGCGUUCCUGCCAAAUGGCUUCGGCACGAUUGUUGGCUCUGUCAUCGUUGGGAAACUCAUGACGAAUGACUAUAAAGCCGCCGAGGUGGCGUACAAGAUCACACACAAUUUGCAAAUGACUCACAAGCUCCCAAACAAGAACCUCCCGGCGGACUUCCCACUCGAGCAUGCUCGUCUUCGCAGCCUUGGAUGGGUCACAGGCCUUUUCACAGCCUCAACAGCCCUCUAUGGCUUCUCGCUCGCUGAUCCUACCCUGACAUCCAAGCCGGGCUGGAUCAUCGUUCCGUUGGCUUUGCAGUUCCUAAUCGCGGCGACUAGCAAUGCUGUCUUCGCAGUCAACCAGACGCUCGUGUCCGACCUGUGUCCGGGUAAGGGCGCGAGCAGCACGGCUCUCAAUAACCUAGUUCGUUGCGGAUUGGGCGCUAUUGGCGUUGCUUUCGUCGAGACCAUGAUACGUGAUGUUGGUCCGCCAGCGGCGUUCUUGGGCCUAGCGUUUAUUACAGUAGCUGUGGCACCACUUGCCGUGGUGAACUGGUUCUUGGGGCAGGGAUGGAGAGCUGCCAGAUUGGAGAAGCAGAAAAAGAUGGAGGAGGAGAAGAAAAUCGCGCAGAAGGCUUGA